UUAUUUUUGAAACGCGUUAUGUAGUUUUUGAACAUCGUUAUUUUAUUUUUUUGAAGAAUUAUGUCGGACCCUGGAUUGUCGUUUGACGAGGAAACGCUCUCCCCAGAUAUCUUCAACGAUGUAGAUAACGUGACAAAUAACCCUGUAAAUUCUGAUGAUUCAAGCUCAAUGUCCGUUGAUGUUAAUGAACCAGAACCUUUGGAUGAUGUUCCUGAAUGGAAAGGUGUAAGCAUGGAUGAAAUACGUAAAGGCUUAGGUGUAUAUGAUUGCCAGGAGUUACCACCUAUUUGUCCCUCUUCAUCUCAUAUAGUUUUAAUAUCGUUACCAUUACCUGCACGUGGAAUACCAAAACCAUAUCCUACACAUCAAAUAGAAAAAUGGUGUCAGGAUUAUGUUAGGAUGCCACAUUCAAAACAUAGUGUGUAUCCAAUAGACGAGAAUGGAUCUAGGCGUUGUCGAAACAGAUGGGAAAUAAUACAGAAAUCAUUACUUCAAAAUUUUGUUUCUACCAUUCAGCUAGAAAAUGCAAUACUUUCUUAUAAUCACAUAUAUGCACAACGUUGGGAUUUUACUGCAUUACAUCAUUUUUUUUUUGAGGUACUGGAUGAAGAGGAAGCAAAUAUUUUCUUUGAAGUGUUGAUGCCCAAAAUGGUUCAACUUGCUUUGCAACUUCCUGUUUUGGUAACUGGUUCAGUACCUCUUUUAAAACGUCACACUAAUGGCACAAUUAGUCUUAGCCAAUUACAGAUAGCAUCUUUACUAGCUAAUGCAUUUUUCUGUACAUUUCCAAGACGUAACUCAACUAAUCCACAGUCAGAAUAUGGAAGAUAUCCUUACAUCAAUUUCAAUAGGUUAUUUUCAGCAUAUAAGGAGGGAAAGUUGAUUAAGUGUGAGUCAGUAAUGGAAAAAAUGAAAUGUAUAUUUCAUUAUUUUCGGAGAGUAACAGCUAAAGCCCCAGAGGGUGUAGUAACAAUUCAACGGCGUUAUAUCCCUAAGACUGAUUGUCCAAAAUGGGAUGAACAAGUACAAAAGCUAUUACCUCUACAUAUUACAAGUAAAGGAACUAUAGAAACAGAAGGCACUGGGUUUUUGCAAGUGGAUUUUGCUAACAAAUAUGUGGGUGGUGGUGUUCUUGGACUGGGAUGUGUGCAAGAAGAAAUAAGAUUUGUAAUAUGUCCUGAACUAAUGGUAACAAUGCUUGUUACGGAAGAAUUAGAUGAUACUGAAGCAUUAAUUGUCAGUGGUGUUGAAAGAUAUAGUAAAUACAAAGGAUACAGUAAUAGUUUUAAAUGGAUGGGAGAUUAUGUUGAUGAAACUCCUAAAGACAGUAGUGGAAGACGAUUGACAUCUAUUGUUGCGAUCGAUGCCCUUUAUUUUACGCAUCCACAAUCGCAAUUCAGUAUAAGUAAUAUAACAAGAGAACUUAAUAAGGCAUAUGUAGGAUUCGUCGGUUGUGAAGGUAGUAAAAGUAAUCUUCCAGCUAUUGCAACUGGAAACUGGGGAUGUGGUGCAUUUCGUGGAAAUCCAAAAUUGAAAGUUUUAUUACAAUUAAUGGCUGCUGCUGUAGCAGGUCGAUCAAUGGUCUAUUUCACAUUUGGGGAUGCACAUUUACGAGAUGAUAUUGCUGAAAUGUACAUGCACUUUGUAAAACAUGAAAUAAAUAUAGCUUAUAUUUUUUCAUUGUUAGUGCAGUAUCAAGAAUUUGCACCAACAGGGAAGUUAGAUUUUUAUCGUUUUUUAUAUAAUCGAAGUAAAGUAAAACCAAUUACUCAACAUUUAAAUAAAAAUAUCCAUACGAAAAUUUCUAUAACGAAGGAAGUUGUUUUUAGAAAAAGUAAAAGUGUUAAUAAUGGAGAGAAAAGAUCUUUUCAUUUGGAUAUCAAGAAAUAUCCAGAAACAGAAGAAGAAAAAAUACAAGGUUGGUUAGCUAAUAUUGAUGAAGAUGCUGUAAGUAAAAGGAAAACAGAGAUUCUAAAAGAAGAAUAUAUAGAUGUUAAAAGAAUUGUGGAAAAAGAACAAAUUCAGAGCAAAGAUAAUAUAAAGAAAAAAGAUGGACAAAUUCACGAUAAUGAUAGUAUAGAGAAAAAAAGGAAACAAUCUUUAUGGAAAGUUUUAGAAGAUACGUCGCAAACUAAAACAACUCAAGAACAUCGAUUAUCUGGUUUGGAAUUAUUAGAUACAAAGCAGGAGCUUUUUUCACAAUACUCGAAUAAUGGUUGUAGUGAAUCGACCAAAGAUGAAAAUUGUCAAUCAGCGACGAUUCCUAUAAAUUUACAGAAUACAUAUGAAUCAAUCCAAACUUCAAGUGGAAAUUCUAUAAUUCCAAAGAAACAUGAUUCACCAACUAAAAAAGUUGGACAAAAAAAAAUUUCAGACUUCUUUCAACGAACAAGUUAA